UUUUUCAAAACUUUUAGCUGAUCACUAGUUUUGACAGUGAAAAAGAGAAAUUCCUUUAAUCCAGAGAGCCCAUCUUUUAACAAUGUAAACCGGGACUUCAAACAUCUGAAAAACGCGGUACGCUGACCGAAAACAGAGUAAACAACUUUUCGUGUUCCACUGAGGAAGGUGUGGGAAAUUAACUGGCUUUGGACAGCUGAUUUACCGGUUUAGCGGGUAGAUAUAAAUAGAUCGCUGUUGGAUUUGUCGAAAACGACUUCCUUCUCGCCUUCAGGGUAGAGUAUAAAAUAACCGAUUUCAAAGACGGGUUUUCAAACUUGCCACCCCACAACCAGUGUCGCUGUCGCUUAUGGACUUACAGAUAUAGUUAAUUAAGUUUGAAUAGAACCCUAGCCAGGUUUUCGGAGUGUCAGGGUGAUAGCUGUACGUUCGACCGGCCGGUAACGACGGUCGAUUAUUCUCAAAAGUCGCAGGUUCUUAAAGUGCUGUUUAAAAAAGAGAGAAUCUUCCAGAAAGGCCCGAAGGCAACAUUUUGUGCUGAGGAGCAGACAUGUCUUUCGGCAACGCAACUCUUGGGGAACUAUUGCCGACCAAUGACACGAGUCGUGGGAACAACUCUAGCAUACAGCAACGAUCCGGUUCUGUAUGUACCGGAGGGUUCUAUUGGCCAAUCCAAGCUCCGUUGAUUUUCUACUUUUUGUUUAUCUUGGCUGCAAACUGCAUUGUAAUCAUUUUGACGAUUUGGAAAGAAGCUCUGAGGACAGUGAGUAACAUGUUUCUAUUCUCUCUGGCGAUUUCCGAUCUGUUGUUUGGUUUACUCGGAAUUCCGCUUUUUCUGGCUUGCUCCAUCAAAAGUUCUCUCUUGGAGUGUGCUCUCUCGGUUCUCCUCGCGCGAUUUAACGCCAUUUCUUCAGUGUUUCAUCUUCUCGUUAUCGCUUGUGACCGCUAUACUGUUAUCUUACACUCCAUGAAGUACCCUUCCCUUGUAACGAAACCGCGGGCCACUGGCAUUAUCGUGUUUAUUUGGGUCUUGGCAUUAGUGUCCUCGUCUAUUCAGUUCACUUGGUACAAUUUGAACAACGAGCUAAAGAAAUUGAAAGAAGAGACGAUUCGAGUUGACAGAGUUUAUUUCCUUUUGAUAAUCAUAGCUUUCUUUUUCGUGCCUCUACUGUUGAUGAUAUACAUGUACAGCCAUGUCUUGGCAGUUUCUUUCCGGCACAUUAUUGCAUUUCGACGACGCCGGAAAAAUCUGGACCAACCAGUGGCUUCCAUUGCUCACGAUUUGCGUGGAACAUUCAUUCUAGUCGCCAUGAUGCUUAUAUUUAUCAGCUGCUGGCUACCGUUUUUCCUUCUGAUGCUUCAAGAUCACGUUUCUGAACAAUUUCUCGUUAUUCCAGCAUGGGGAUUAUGUGUUAUUUUCUAUCUUCGGUUCGUUCCUCCAUUAGCAAACCCCGUUCUAUGUGCGUUUUGCAAGCAGGACUACCGUCGCGCCUGGCGCACAUUCACGCGCCAACUACAUUGGCCGACAAGGGUGCGCUUUAAUUCUCUACCCUUGGUCUCUGUAACACGUGAGAGAACUCAGACUGCGGUAACGUUUACUGAAAGAUAGAACAACGACCGAACCAGCUCCGCUUCGUUAAAUGCAAUACCAAUGGAAGCUUGUUGAAGAUCCACUCUUAACAGAAAUAGUAAUCACACUUCAGUUCAAUAUGAACAUGACAAUACCUAACUAUGAUAAAACAAAGCGUGUUGUAAAAAACUUUAAUUAAUGACUUGACUUUUCCUACGCUUCACCAGACAUCCUGAAAUGGCCUAAGAAUAUCAGUUUUUAAGAUCCAUUCUGUUACAACAGAGAAGCGACGUUAUGUUAAUUCGAAUCUGAACAAAAGGACAGGAGACACAUUAUCUGCAAACAGAUAACAACAACAACAACAAAACAACAACAGCAACAACGACAAAAAGAAUGGAAAAAAGGAAAAAAAAAAAGAAUUAUUGACUCAAGAAGAAUUCAAUUUACCAUAGUUUGGCAAGGUAAUUUCGUCGUGGAUAUCAAUAAUAAGUGUAUGUCUGGAGGUAAAUCUAUUCAUUUAUCUAAUUUGCGUUUUUCAACAGCUUUACACUGAACGGCUGAAAGCUAUGGUCAAUGAAAGACCCCGAAAAUGACCUAGCUUGCACCGCAACCUAAAACAACUUCGGAAAUAUUGUGAAAAAAGAUCAUUAAAAAAUAGAAAAAUGUCCAUUGGAACAUUUAGGGCGACAUUUUAGACAAAAUUUUGGCGCCGUCACGAGCGCACGCCCUUCCAAAGAAUUGAUUCAACCAACCCAGGAGGGACUGCGACUAAGAACUAACAAUGUUUAACAGUAGCACCUGGGACUAGCAACUUUUAUCUUUAAACUUACAACCGAAAACUGGCAGGUGUUAGCCCGGCCACUGCACGAAAGGAUAAAAAAAAAAUGCGUUGGUGUGAAAAAAAAACAAAAAACAAAAAACAAAAAACAAAAAACAAAAAAAAAACUGAACCUGAAGGCAGCUGAUAAGUUUUCAAGUUGCACUCAUAUAGGACCUUAUUUGGCCAGGAUAGACGUAAAUAGGUAAUGUGUGGAAAUCAUGGGGAUUUCUGAUAAUAGAUACGAAAACUAUUGAUGUAGAUACUUUGAGAGGCUGGUAAUGAAAUGAUAUGCGUUUUAAUGUUCUUGAAUAAGAUAAGAUAAGAUAAGAUGAGAUAAGAUAAGAUAAGGUAAGAUAAAGAUAAGAACUUUAUUAACGUGUCGAAGUCGCUAGCAUACAAUGCAUACUAAUUGGGGACACCUGACUACGAUUACUUAUUGAAUAUUGCGUUGGACGUCAGUUCUCUUUCAGACAGCUUUUUGCUUCGAACGCUAAUUUUGAAGUAUUUAUCGCUUGUCUAAUGAAUAUCUUGGGAAGACGCAGAGUUGAGCGACAACUGUGACUACGACUGAAAAUAAAUAUUCGCAUAGACUUAAACUCUAAGUCGGUAGCAGCUUAUCUUAUGAGGUUUUAAGGUGCAAAUGAUAAAUGAAAGCUUCACUAAACUACAUACUAAGCGAAAUAAAUGUAUACCAUAUUCAAUCAAACCUCCAGCUCCAACAUUUAUUGGUAUACACUGACAGUACAUGGUUAAUGUUG